CUUCCGGGACGCGGCGGUUGCGGGGGGAAGAUGGCGGACGCGCUGGCUGUGCCGGGCGGGUCCUCGGGGCUCCCCAGCAGCGGCGGGGCGGCUGCCCCUGGCUGCAACCCGCUGUCCCGCAAGCUCAACAAGAUCCUGGAGACGCGGCUGGACAACGACAAGGAAAUGUUAGAAGCUCUCAAGGCGCUCUCGACCUUUUUCGCUGAAAAUAGUUUGCGCACCAGAAGAAACUUACGUGGAGACAUUGAGCGCCGAAGCUUAGCGAUAAAUGAAGAAUUUGUCCGCAUUUUCAAGCAAGUUAAAGAGGAACUCGAAAGUAUAAAUGAAGACGUGCAAGCAAUGAGCAACUGUUGUCAGGACAUGACUAAUCGUUUGAAGGCAGCAAAGGAACAGACCCAGGAUUUGAUAGUGAAGACGACAAAGCUUCAAGCCGAGAAUCAAAUACUAGAAAUGAAAGCACAAGUUGCAGAUGCUUUCAUCGCAAAAUUCCAAUUAACUCCAGAAGAAAUGAACCUUCUUCGAGGCACAAGAGAAGGGCCAAUUACUGAGGAUUUUUUCAAGGCAUUGGGAAGAGUAAAGCAAAUUCAUAAUGAUGUCAAGAUUCUUCUCCGAACAAACCAACAAAGGGCAGGCCUAGAAAUUAUGGAACAGAUGGCUUUGCUCCAAGAGACGUCUUAUGAACGACUUUACAGAUGGGCUCAAAGUGAGUGCAGGACACUGACACAAGAAUCAUGUGACAUUUCUCCAGUUCUCACACAAGCCAUGGAGGCCUUACAAGACAGACCUGUCCUCUAUAAAUACACUCUGGAUGAGUUUGGAACAGCUAGAAGAAGUUCAGUAGUUCGUGGUUUUAUAGAUGCUCUUACCAGAGGAGGUCCUGGUGGUACUCCCCGACCUAUUGAGAUGCACUCCCAUGAUCCAUUGAGAUAUGUAGGAGAUAUGCUGGCCUGGCUGCACCAAGCUACAGCUUCUGAAAAAGAACAUCUGGAAGCUUUGUUAAAACUUGUAACAGCUCAAGGUGUGGAAGAAAAUAUUCAAGAAGUAGUUGGGCAUAUCACAGAAGGUGUCUGCAGACCUUUAAAGGUCAGAAUUGAGCAGGUGAUUGUAGCGGAACCAGGAGCAGUUUUGUUGUACAAGAUUUCUAAUCUUCUUAAGUUUUACCACCAUACCAUCAGUGGUAUUGUAGGAAACAGUGCAGCUACACUGUUAACAACAAUUGAAGAAAUGCAUUUAUUAAGCAAAAAGAUAUUCUUCAACAGUCUGAGCCUUCAUGCAAGUAAACUAAUGGACAAGGUGGAACUCCCACCUCCUGAUCUUGGGCCAAGCUCUGCACUGAAUCAAACGCUUCUGUUGCUUCGUGAGGUUCUGGCAUCUCAUGACUCAUCUGUUGUUCCUCUGGAUGCUCGUCAAGCUGACUUUGUACAGGUUCUAUCCUGUGUGCUAGAUCCAUUAUUACAGACGUGUACCAUGUCUGCGAGUAAUUUAGGCACAGCUGAUAUGGCAACAUUCAUGGUCAAUUCACUUUACAUGAUGAAAACUACUUUGGCUCUCUUUGAAUUCACUGACAAACGUCUAGAAAUGUUACAGUUUCAGGUUGAGGCACACUUGGAUACACUUAUAAAUGAACAAGCAUCUUAUGUGCUAACUAGGGCUGGUCUAAGCCAUAUAUACAACUCUGUGCAACAAUACAAGCCAGAGCAGGGUCCCCUGUCAAAUUUACCUACUUUGGAUUCAGUGUCACUGAAGGCUGCAAUGGUUCAAUUUGAUCGCUACCUGUCUGCUCCAGAUAAUUUACUAAUGCCACAACUGAAUUUCCUCCUAAGUGCCACUGUGAAAGAGCAAAUUAUAAAACAGUCCACAGAGCUGGUCUGCAGAGCCUACAGUGAAUUAUAUGCAGCUGUGAUGAAUCCAGCAAAUGAAUACAAGGAACCAGAAACCAUACUACACAGAUCUCCUCAUCAAGUUCAGGCGCUUCUCUCAUAAGCUGCUUUUCCAAAGAAGUCCAUGUUCUAUCAAUAUUCAUUGUCUCUUAUUUUUGUGCAUUUUUGAAUUUGGAUUGUUACCAUGCAAUGACAAGAAGGUGGUGAUACAGUUGGUUUAAGACAUUUAGCGAGAGUCUGGCCAUUUCCUUACACUGUCUGUGUUGAGUGCUUUCCAGAACCAAAAAAUAUAGAUUUGAAAUUAUUUUGAUUGAUGCAAAUGGAAAGAACUGUUCAUGACAGCAUGCAGCCAUUUUUGGUCAGUAAUAAGAAUAUUUGUUUGCUUCUGCUGUCCUUAUUCCUUUCAGUAGGAUGUUAAAUUGGUCUGUUUAAUGAUCAAGCCAUUUUCCCCCUAUUUUUUUGCAUGCAUUAUUACUCUAUUUUAUUCUGUAUCCUACUUUCAGAAAGCAUACUAAUGCUGCAGUUUUAGUAAUCUGAUAAACUUCUGAAUGUCUAGAAGUAAAUCAGUUUUAUAUCCUAAAAAUGUCAAAAUAUUUGACAUUAUGGAGUGUACAGUCUGUGAUUAUCCACAGUAUGGACUGGGUAUAGAAUUAUAUAGAAUCUGAAUAUAUUCCUACAACUUUUUCAUGAUCCCACAACGCCUAUUGAGGAUAUAGAUUUUAGUGGUCAUGUAAAAAAAAUUUCUUGAUUGGAUGCUAAGGGGAAGGAGCAUUUUUAUUUAAUUUUCAAAUGAUUAAGUAUGUAUAUUUUCCUUUAAAUAAAAAUCAUUACACAAAAAGAAAAAUAGUUUCAAACCUUGCUUAAAAACCAUUAUUGUAGCCUAGGCAGAGAUCAUAACUUUGGGUACCAGGAUGACUGAAGAGCCACUUUGAUGGUGGUCACCAUCAUAUGUUUCCUUCUCAUGUAAUUAGUCUUAUUCUGGAUAUAGCCUUAGUAAAGAGCUCCUGAGGGAACAUACUAAUAACAUUUUACAUGUAAAUAUGUUGCAGGUGAGCACUGUUCUGCAUAAUGUCCUAUUUUAAAUGAUUUUUUUCUUGAUACUGCUUUACUAAAGAGGGAUUUCAUUUGAUGUGAUUCUUUACACUGUAGGAAUCCCUACUUUACCAGAAAGUUGCAGACCUAUUAAGAGUGAUCCACAGAGAGGUAAUGUAUAACUAAGAGAUGCCCAUUAGUGAAUAGUCCUUUCUUAUUUUUUUUAAGUCAGCCUGCUCUUGUAGCAAUGCAUUUACUCAGUUAAUAACAUGUUGAGAGAUUUUAGUGGUUUAUAUGUCUGCAGUGGUUCUUUUAAUUAUAAUGUGGCUCAGCUGUGGCAGUUUUAUUCUCCUCUGCACUGCCAACAGCUCAGACUGCUUCUUGAAGUAGGUCCCAGAGAGAUUAUGCAGGAGUGUCUGGGGUCAUCCUUGUGCUACCUGGCUGCUGAGUGGAGUGAGAAAGGGAGCAGUCCCUGCUUUUCUCCUGUUUCUGCUGUUUUUUGAAGACCAGCCAGGCAGUGUGACCCACUUACAUGUAGAACCUUUACAUUUGUAACCUACUUUUCCCAAAAUAGCUUUUUGCCUGAUAUUUAUGGUUAUGGGGAUAUAGUCCAGCUUCAUUUUUAAGAUUCUUAAAGCAAAACUCUGUGGAAAGUAUUAUUAUGUAAUUAUAGUCUGUUGCAGUGCAGGUAUUUUAUACUUCCAGACUUCCUAUAUCAUAAGGAAUUUACACAAUUUCUACUGGCCUAGUAAGGGACAGUGAAAAAAUUGCCAUGUGCUUAAGGCAACAUGUACUUCCUGCAAGGAAGCCUUUUUGGCAAAUCAGAUGUUACUAUAAGAAGUUGUUGUACUGCAGAAAAAGAAGACACAAUUGAAAACUACUAUUUCCCUUGAAAGAUCUUAAGUCAGAUGCCUUUUUUCCCAUUCAAGUUUUUGUAUAGGUGACAUAUCGUGGAGUUUGUCUCGUAUUAGCAUGGUUUUGUGUAAGAGUAGGCAAAGCAGUUGUUCAUAUUGCAUUUAUACAGUAUAUUUUAAUUUGGGGAUGGCUACUCAGUUUUAUAAGUUUAGAAGUUUUAUUAAUUUAAAUUUUUAAUAUUUUAAAGGUUUUAUAAUUAAAAUAUAUUCCACAUGAUACAAGCUGAGCAACAGAUACCUCUGUAAUCCAGUGUAUGUGCAUAAAAACUAAAAGCAGAGAACUGCAGCAACUCGGCAUAAUAAUGCCGAGAAAAGUUAAAUGACCUAUGAGAAGACCUGUACAAUAGUACAUGAACUAGCUACGGUGCUAAUAUUACAUGAAACCAAUGGGUCACUUUUCCUUUUUUGCUGUGUAAUAUAUUUUACUGGCAUAAUAUAUGAGGAUUUGAAGAUAUAAGUGUCCUCAGGCUCUUAGAAUAAAUGUCAGUGAUUACAGUAUAUGUGAGUGUUCUGAGUUUCAGGAGUAUAAAAUGGAAUAAUUCAAAAGAAGAGUAGAGAUUUGAAUUCCUAUCAUAUGAGGCCUUAAAAGGAUUCAUAUGGCUAGCCCAGCUGCAACUUAAGAAAAUGUCUUAGCCGAUAGAAUACUCUUAAGAAAAACAGUUCUGCAACACUUCUCAUUCAUCUUGUAUCAGGUGAAACAACUCUAAAACACUAUUGUUAAUACAGUUAACCUUUUGCAUAUAUAUUGUGCUAACAUAAAUAUCGAGUGUUAUAGAGUUGUUUGUGACUAAAAUUAUUUAUUCAUUAUUCAUUAUAUAAAGGUGUCAAAGUUUGGAAAUUGUAUUAACAAAUUAUGAUUUUUAAGUUAUGAAUUGGUGUUUAUGACAUGAACCGUGUAUAAGUUGAACAAUUUCUUGUAUUUGAGAGCUUUGGAAAAAGUAGAUGAAGGUUUUCUCCAAUCAUGGAAAUUGACUACGCACUCCAGUAUGUAAUCAAUACUUUGCCUAAGGAUUUGUGAGAACUUACUUAUCUUACAUGAGACCAUACUGAGACUUAUCCAUGAUUUGCCUGAGCUAACGCUUUCAAGCUUUCCUGUUGUUAGUAAUGUAGAAGUUAUAAAAAAUUGUUACUUUAAAAAAACUUAAAAUUUAUAAAUAUUUUUGUUCUGCAAUAGAAAUAAAUGGCAAAGGAUCAUAAAUGAGAAAAGUCAAUAAAAAUUUUGAGUAACUGA